AUGUCCGGUGAAUUAUUAUUUGAAUUAAUUGAAAAGCCUAAAUGGUCAUUCAAAAGAAAAAUUCAUUCUGAUGACAAAAAGAAUUCAUGGACAUUGAACAAUACUUUUAAAAAUUGGUUUAGCUCAUCAAUAAAACUUUCUCAAAAUGCUGAAAGAUUUCUGAAACAUACUGGAAGAAAAUCAUCUCCUAUUUCACUUCAUAUUCCAUCUGAUCGUUUAGCUUUGGUCAUAAAUAAUAAUAUAUGUAUAAUAUCACUUAUUACAUCUGAUGUUUUAUUGGAAAUUCCACUUGAUCUCUUACAAUCUGAUGAAUAUAAUUAUUUAAAUUGUUUAGCUUGGUCUAAUAAUGGAAAAUUCUUAGCUUGUGGACAUUGGUCAGGUAUUGUUUGUGUUUAUGCAUCGUAUGAUGGACAAUUAUUACAUGAAUUACCAAAAAGAACACUAAAUUAUAAUGAAAAUUCAUUCGUAGACAUAUGGUUUUCAGGAAGUGAUGCAUCUCCAUAUUUUGAUUUAUUAUGUUUAAAACGUCGUGGUGAAUUAAUUCGUUAUGUAAUGAGUCGUGAUCAUACAGCAUCAUGUGCAGAAGAUAAAUUUGAUUUUCAUAUAAGUUGUGCAAUUAUUGAUUUAAAUCAAAAUCAAAUUUAUAUUGUACCUUUCGAUACAAAAACAAUUUCAAUUUGGAAAAUUGUUGAUACAAAACCGUCUGUUAUUAAAAUAAAAGAAAUCAUUGACGAAGAAAAAGAUAAUAAUGAUAUUUAUAUAUAUGGUCUUGCUCUUUCACCAAAUCAAUCCUAUCUUGUAUCAUUAUUAUCUGAUCAAUCAAUUAUUCUUUAUCAAAAUAAUGAUUAUCCUUAUUGUUUAGCUAAAUUAAAAAUCAAUGAGAAUCGAUCGUUUAUUUGUGAUUUGGGUUAUUGGGAUGAUAAAACUUUAAUAUUAUUUUAUUCUGAUGGUUCAAUGAGUUUUCAUGAAGGUAUUGAAACAUUAGAAGAAUAUCGUUAUGAAUCGAAUCAAUUAAAUAAAUGGCCAUGUAUUUGUCGUCCAACUUCAGAUGAAUUAUUUAUUAUUGAUUGUCAAAUAAAUAAUAUAAAUGAAAGUGGAAUUGUAGAUGAAAAUAGUAAUAUAAUAUCUCGUUUAUUUCAAUCAUUUCAAGAUUUAAAUGAAUCAAUAAAUGAAAGAGUAAUUCAAAUAAAACAUAGUGAUCCAUAUCGUUUAAUUGAAAAUUUAAUAUUAAAUGGUGAAUAUGGUGAAGCACUUCGUGUUUGUAAAGUUUUUAAACGAAUAGAUUUAUCUGAUCAAAUUCAUGAAAAAGUUGUACGUUUAUCAUCAUUACAAAUUGAAACACAUUUAACAAAAAUUCAAUCACGUCUUCAUGUUCUUCAAUUAUGUACAACAAUAUUAUAUUCAACAUUUGAUGAACAACUUAAUUUAAUACAAUUUGGUCUUAAUAAAGCAACGCGAAAAGAAUUAUUUGAUAAUUUAUAUUAUUCUGAUCAACCAUUUUUUCAAUCAAUUAACGAUGAAAAUUUAUAUUUAAAAGAUUUACAACAAAAAUCGAUUUCAUUAAAUAUUCCACAAAAACAAAUUAUUCUUUAUAGAAGAAAACUUUUAGAUGAAAAAAGAAAAUUAUAUUUAUAUGAUGAUCUUAGAAUAAAAUAUAAAAUUUUUCAAGAAUAUCAAUCAAAUAUUUUUGAAAAAUUUAAAGAAUGGGAUUAUAAACAAAUUGCAAUAAGAUGUGCAAGAGAAGGUCAUAUAAAUGGAUUAAAAUUAGUUUUAGAACGUGCAAUACCAUCAAUAUCAAUAAUUGAUCUUUUAUCAAUAUUAAAUGAAAUUCCUGAAACAAUUUCAUUAAUCGAAUAUGAAGAUUUAAUUCCAAAAUUUUCUUUAAUUCAACAAAAAAUAGUCGAUGAAAAAGAAAAUGACUGGACUGAUGAAUUUAUUUCUCCAUCUGAAGAACAAAAUAAUGAAGAAAUUGAUCGAACAAUAUUUGUAGAAUGGUAUAAUAAAAGAAUCGUUUCAUUUGAAAUAUUUGGUUUUAUUGAAAAUGCUCUUCAGUUAUGUAAAUAUGCAUUUGAAAUUGAAAAUUUUCAAGAAUUUAAUUCAAUUUAUAAACAACUUUAUCUUGAAUUUUUAUUAAAUAAAUUUUGUGAUCAAGAUUUAACAUUAAAACAAAUAAAUAAUAUGUCGGAAGAAAAUAUUUUUGAAUUAAUUUUAACAUUUAAAAAUGAUUUUAAUCAAGAUGAUAUUGAUAAACGUAUUGAACAUGUUUUAAUUCCAUCAAUUGAAUUAAUUCCUCAAGCAAAUCAAUAUUUAAAAAAUAUUUUAAUUAAAAAAUUACAAAAUGAUUUAGAUAUUUAUCCAAUAAUUCAUUCAUUUAAAUUUAAAUCAAUUUUAAAACAAAACCAGUUAGAUGAAUUUAUUAAAGAAUUAAUUUUUAAUAUUAAUUCAAUUGAUCAAUUAACAAUUUGUCAACAAUUAUUAACAUUAAUGAAUAAUAAACAAGAUUUAGAAUAUAUUAUUCAAUCAUGUCGAAUUUUUAUGAAAUGGUCUGUUAAAAUGAUUCCAUCGGAAAUGAUUAGAAUUAUAGAAUCAGAUGAAUCAUUAUCAAAUGCAAUUGUUCUUCUUAUACAAUCAGCAAUUAAAGAAAAAAUGCAACAAAUAAAUAUUUCAACUGGUAAUGAACUUUAUCAUGAUAUUGAAAAAAUCUCUCGUCAUCGUUUAUCAUCACAAACACUGUCAAAUUUAUUUGUUUCAAGUUUAUUAAAAUCCGAUAGUCUCGAAUGUUUUCAUAUAGUUCGAUCAAAUCUAUCGCGUUCUCAUACUCCAUUAAUUAUUCAAGCAGCAACAGAUUAUAUUGAUUCAGCAAAAAGUAGUCAAGAUAAAAGUAUUCUUCUGGCAAAACAUUGUUUAGAUUUAAUUGAUGAUCAAUCAUUAGUAACAAAUGAACGGAAUCUAAUUGAAUCACAGAAUAUUUGUGAUUUUUUUCGUUAUUCAAUAACACCUCUUGAAAUUCGUCGUCAUCCAAAUCCUAUGCAAAUAAUUCCUGCAAUACUUAAUUCAAAUCCACAAGCUUAUAAAAAUACGAGCAAAUUAAUUUCAUUAGCAUUACAUCUUCAAACAGGAAAUAAACAAAAUAAAAAAGAUCGAUGUAUGCUUUAUAUUGCUGAACAUUGUCUCAAAAUCAAUGAUUUGAAUAUGUGUUGGGAAUUAUGUUCAUAUUUAAUUGAAGAAAAUUAUAGUCCAUCAUGGAAAUGUUGUUGGGCAUUAAUUAAUAGAAAUUCAUCAUUUAUUAAUGAAUCAAUAUUAUCAUUUAUUAGUCUUCAUUGUGAUGAUAUUCUUUUAAAUGAUAUUCUUAAUAAAUCUACUUAUAUUCGAGAUCAAUCAAUACCAAAUGAAGAAUACCAAAUAACAUCAACUUAUUCAUAUUAUUCAAACUCAUUUUAUGAUCGUGAUUAUUCUCAACAAAUGGAUUUCAAACAAAUUCCAUUAUUAAAAUCUCCACCAAUUGAUGAAAAAGAUGUCUUAAAAUAUGUGAAUAUUGAUACACCUCUGUCUAUUAUGGUUUACUUAGCAUCAAAUACAAAUAAUGAUAUUUUAAUUGAAAAAGAUAAUGAAUUUGCAUUACAAUUAUCAAUUUAUUGUCAAUCAUUAAUGAAAAAUUCGAAAUCUCGUAAUUUUAAAGCAUUACCAUCUUCUAUAAUCGAUAAAACAUUAAUUGAAAAUAAUGAAAAUUAUAAUCGUUUAGUACAAGAUCGACAAUAUUCAAUAUUAAAUCAAUUAGAUAAUUCCAUUGAUUUAAAUCGUUUUAAAACUGAUUCAGAAUAUCGUCGUUUAACAAUACUUGGUUUAUUUAUGUGUGAUCAUCCAUCGUUUGAAUAUAGUGAACAAUUAGCAAUAAAAUAUAAUAUAUCAAUUGAUGAAUGUCAUCAUUCAUAUAUUGAACAUUUAUUAACAAAUUCAAAUUUAUCAUUAAAUGAAAUACGAAAAAUAAUUCGACCAUUUAUUAUGUCUGAUCGAGUUAAAAAAAAUCGACAAAUUAAAUUAGAAUUAGUUAAAAGAUUACAUACACAUGUUUUUCCACUUAUUGAUGGAAAAGAUUAUGAACGUUUAAAACUUUUUUAUGAUAUUAAAAAGAUUUUAGGAGAUUUAACACAUGCACAAAAACAUGUUCAAGCUAUUCAACAAUUAACCAAUAUUCUUAAUCAAGAUUUUGAUUAUAAAUUAUUUCUUUCAUCACCAGAAUUAUUUAUUGAAAAAUAUGCUAAUGAUUCAAAUAUAAUUAAUCUUGGUUUAGCUCUUGAUCAAGUUAAAGUUUCAUCUUCAUUGAUUGUUACAUCAAGUUGGGUUUAUUCAUAUUAUUUACGAUAUAAUUCGUUAUCAUUAUUAAUAUUUGAUUUAUUAAAUCGAAUAACAUCAUUUGAAGAUUUUCAAAAACUUCUCAAUGAAUUAAUCUCAUCAAAUAUUCUUCCAAUUAAUAAACGAAUUGAAAUUAUUGAAUUUUCUAUAAAAUUAAUUCUUUCGAAAGAAGAUCAACAAUGGAAAACGUUAGAAGAAAUAUUAAAUCAACGUUUAUUACGUUUACAAAUGUUAUUUAAACUUUUAUCAGAUUAUUCAGAAAAUGAAUUGAAUCAAUUAGAUCAAUGUGAUCAUAUUGAAGAAUUAGAGGAAAUUUUAUCACAUAUAUUAAGUAAACAUGGACAAUUUAAUUUAAUUAUUUAUUUAAAAAAUAAUUUAUUUAAUGAUAUUUCAAUUCCAAGAGUUUUACAACUCACUAUUGAGAAAAUUAGUCAUAUGAUCAAAUCUGGAGAUGAAAAUAGUCAUUUGAUAUUAAAUAAUUUAUUGGAAAGUAUAUCGUUGGAUGAAAUUGAUGAAAAAGAAUUAUUUUUAUGUUUACAACAAAUGUGUCGUUCGGAUAUAAUCGAUCGACGUGUUCGAUUCAAAUUAAUUGAUAAACUCGAUAAAAUGUUUGAUAAACAAGGCCUUCAAUCAGAUGAUCUUUUACUCUUUGAACAAUAUCGUUUAUCAACUUUAUUAUCAUCAUUUGAUUCAUUUACUGAGUUAAAAAAAGAAGAUAUUGAAACUGAUGAAAAUCGUUGUAAAAUUUUUCAAAAAUAUCUUUUACAAGCAAAACGAAAUAUUCAUUUUGAAUCUCUUAUUCAAAUUCUUAAUAAUACUUGGUCAAAAGAACAGAUACAGACAAUGAAAGGAUCUCAUGGAUUAACAUUAAAAAAUGAAUUAAUUUUAAUAAUGAUCGAAAAAAAUAAUGAUUGGGAAAGAAUUUUAACUGAAAAUAUUAUUCAAUUUGAUGGAGAAGACAUGAAUUCAUUAAUACAAUAUUUAUAUAAUUCAAAAGAUCUGACAUCUUAUGCAUAUAAAUUAUGGUUGAUACAUCCAAUAUCAUCAUUAACCGAUUUACUCUUUCGAUCUCCCUCUGAAUUAAAUUUUGAUAAAAAAUUUUUAUCAAUGUCAAUUGAAAGAAAUCGUGUUGGUGAUUUAUUAACAAUCAAUCCUUCGUUAUUUAAUUAUUAUCUGAAUGAAAAUCUUUCAAAUGAAGAAAAAACUAAACUUUUAUAUCAAUUAGAAGAUAAUGAAGAAUUACUUUUUCAAGUUGCUCAAUUAUUUAUUCAUAAGGAAAAUUAUGCAUCAUUUAUAUCAUUUGGUCUUAUUGUUGACACGUUACAAAAGUAUUUUAUAAAUAAAUAA